AUGGUAUCUUGGUUACGGAAGAAUCUGCUCCUAGUGAUGACGGUCGGCUCCGUCGUCCUGGGAGCCGUUUUGGGUUUUCUGUUCCGCGGAUUGCAGCUCUCGCCACAGAAUAUCAUGUACAUUAGUUUCCCCGGAGAACUUCUCAUGCACAUGCUCAAAAUGAUGAUUCUUCCACUUAUCAUGAGUUCUCUAAUUUCUGGUCUCGCUCAAUUGGAUGCUCGCCAAUCGGGAAAACUUGGAUCUCUUGCUGUCACCUAUUAUAUGUUCACAACUGUUGUUGCUGUCAUUACUGGUAUCUUCCUGGUAUUAGUGAUCCAUCCUGGAGAUCCGACCAUCAAGAAAGAGAUUGGAACUGGUACCGAAGGAAAGACAGUCAGCACCGUGGAUACCCUCUUGGAUCUUCUCAGAAACAUGUUCCCAGAAAAUGUCGUUCAAGCCACCUUCCAACAAGUUCAGACCAAGUAUAUCAAAGUUCGGCCGAAAGUGGUGAAAAAUAAUGAUUCUGCGACAUUAGCAGCGUUAAACAACGGAAGUCUUGAUUAUAUCAAGGCUUCCGUUGAGUACACUUCUGGAAUGAACGUUCUUGGAGUCAUUGUCUUCUGCAUCGCUAUCGGAAUUAGUCUCUCCCAACUUGGACAAGAAGCUCACGUCAUGGUCCAAUUCUUCGUUAUCAUGGAUAAAGUUAUCAUGAAGCUUGUCAUGACUGUCAUGUGGUACUCUCCUUUCGGAAUCUUGUGUUUGAUCAUGGGAAAGAUUCUCGAAAUCCAUGACCUUGCCGAUACCGCUAGAAUGUUGGCCAUGUACAUGGUCACCGUUCUCUCUGGACUUGCUAUUCAUUCUUUGAUCUCGCUGCCACUGAUCUUCUUUAUCACCACCAAAAAGAACCCGUACACUUUCAUGAGAGGACUUUUCCAAGCUUGGAUUACAGCUCUUGGAACUGCUUCCAGCUCUGCCACUCUCCCAAUCACCUUCAACUGUCUCGAGGAAAAGCUGGGUGUCGACCGUCGGGUCACUCGCUUUGUCCUUCCAGUCGGAGCUACUAUCAACAUGGACGGAACUGCUUUGUACGAAGCUGUCGCUGCUAUCUUCAUUGCUCAAAUCAACGGAGUUCAUCUCUCCUUUGGACAGGUCGUCACUGUUAGUUUAACCGCUACAUUGGCUUCCAUCGGAGCUGCUUCUGUUCCAUCUGCCGGUCUUGUCACUAUGCUCUUGGUGCUCACCGCCGUCGGUCUUCCAGUAAAGGACGUUUCUCUUAUUGUCGCUGUUGAUUGGCUUCUCGACAGAAUCAGAACCUCCAUUAACGUUCUCGGAGACGCUAUGGGUGCCGGUAUUGUCUAUCACUAUUCCAAGGCCGAUCUUGAUGCUCAUGACCGUGUAGCUGCUACCACCAGAUCCCUUUCCAUCGCUAUGAACGACGAGAAGAGACCAUUGGCGGUGUACAGCAGCCUCCCAACCGACGACGACAAACACACUCAUUGA